GCAAUGUCACUGAAUAUUUCGUUCAGUUGGUGUCAGACUGCAAAGUGUGUAACAUCUAAAAGAAUAAAAAUAAAAUUGUCUACAAACAAUACAGCCUCGAGUUAAUAAGUGAAAUUCCAAAAAAAAUUAGUUUCAUUUGAAGAUGGCACCAUCAACUAUAGUUGAAAACAGGCUGCAGUCGGGAUACCGGCUGUCUCAUCCUACACCCGGAGACGAAGUUUUUAUAACAGGCGUGUCGGGAUACUUCCCCGACUCGGACUCCGUCAUACACCUGCAGGAAAACCUUUUUAAUAAAGUGGAUUUAGUCAGCAAUGAUGCUCGUCGUUGGAAGCUGGUUCACCCUGAAAUCCCGCAUCGUACCGGCAAGAUCAACAACCUCAAUAAAUUUGAUGCGUCUUUCUUCGGUGUGCACUACGAACAGGCCCACACCAUGGAUCCCAUGUGCAGAAUUAUGUUGGAAAAGGCUUAUGAAGCUGUCAUUGAUGCUGUUGACGGCGCCCGUUCACGAAUAUGGCACGUACACCAGCACCGCCCAACUCAACCGUAUUGUAGGGAAUCGAGCGAUCAACUGGACGUGUCACCGCCAAUGAGAGACUUGGAAUGUUCCCGUGCCAUGUUGGCGAACCGUAUCUCCUACUGGUUGGGAGUGACUGGUCCCUCAUAUACUAUAGACACUGCCUGCUCCAGUUCUUUUUAUGCACUGGUGCAUGCUUAUAGAGCUAUCCGCGAUGGCCACUGUGAUGCUGCCAUCGUUGGAGGGAACAACUUGUGUCUCCAUCCCUACGUGUCCUUACAGUUUGCCAGAUUGGGAGUAUUGUCACCUGACGGUGCUUGUAAGAGUUUUGACAACAGUGCCAAUGGGUAUGCUCGUUCUGAGGCGAUUGUGGUCGUCUUUUUGCAGAGAGCUAAGGAUUCUAGACGUGUUUAUGCUCAGAUGAUUCACGGCAAGACCAAUUGUGAUGGUUACAAAGAACAGGGUAUCUCAUACCCUGCUAGUAUUGUUCAGAAGCUACUGUUGAAAGAGUUCUACGAAGAGUGCGCCAUCUCACCGUCCGUCUUGGAAUACCUGGAGGCUCACGGCACAGGUACCAGGGUCGGUGACCCUCAAGAGUUGCAGGCCAUUGAUGAAAUUUUAUGCACCGGUCGGAAUAAACCUUUAUUGAUCGGUUCCAUUAAGUCCAAUUUGGGACACAGUGAAGCUGCCUCCGGUCUUUGCUCUAUUGCUAAAAUGUGCAUUGCUUACAACACUGGCUACAUUCCACCGAAUAUUCACUUCAAAACACCUCGCGAAGGAGUAGCACCUCUGCUUGAGAAAAGGGUUACAGUGGUAACAGAAAAGACUCCUUGGGGCAGGGGCAUGUCAGGAGUCAACAGUUUUGGGUUUGGAGGAGCCAACGCUCACGCUCUGUUAAAAGAUGUCGCUAGAGCAAAGGUCAACAACGGUAUUCCAUCAGACGACCUCCCCCGUCUCGCCUGCGUAUCAGGUCGCUCGGAGUCAGCAGUAGCUAGGAUCCUUGAUGACUUGGAGUCCAGGACAGUAGAUGUUGAUCUGAUCCGUCUACUACACGCUAUUCAUGCUGACGAUAUAUCAGGGCAUAAUUAUAGAGGAUACACACUGCUAGGUUCGACUCCCUCGAAGAGUGUGUCUCUAGCGCGUGACAUCCAGUACUUAUCAGGAGUGCGUCGUCCAGUGUGGUUCGUGUACUCAGGUAUGGGCUCUCAGUGGGCCGGUAUGGCCAAGGACCUCAUGAGGAUCCCCGUCUUUGCUAUUGCUAUUGAAAAGUGCCACAAAGCUCUAGAACCUAAAGGCAUCAACCUAACGAAGAUCAUCACUGAGAAUGACCCUAAGAUCUACGACAACAUCCUCAACUCCUUCAUUGGUAUCGCCGCUGUACAGAUCGGCCUUACUGAUGUCAUGAAGACUAUUGGCAUUAAACCUGAUUACAUCAUUGGUGACAGUGUUGGUGAACUUGUUUGCGCAUACGCAGAGGGCUGUUUAAUUGCAGAGGUUACCAUCUUAACCGCUUACCGCAAGGGCUUGGAAUACAAUAAGAAACCUUUGACAACUGACACCGGUGUUGAACAGGUUGUCGAAAACUUCAAACGAUAUUCCGACAAGUGGGUAUCCACUCCACUACUGCAGGGUCAAUGUAAAAAUCCGAAAGCUUCAAGUAAAUGUCAGACAAGUGGUCAUGAGAGACCAGUGUUAUUCAAAAAGACUGCACGUCUGAUCCAUGCUAACGCGAUUACUAUCGAGAUCGCUCCCCACGGUCUGCUGCAAGCUAUCCUGCGCAGGUCUCUGAAGAAGGACGUUAUCAACAUUGCUUUGACACAGAAGGACCACCCGGACAAUGUCCAGUUUCUGUUCACUGCUAUCGGAAAGCUAUACGAAUCAGGUCUGAAUCCACAACUAGCCAACAUCUACCCACACGUACCAUUCCCCGUGUCACAAGGCACGCCUAUGCUUGCCCACCUCGUUGAAUGGGAACACGGUGAGAACUGGUUUGUAACUUCAUACAAUGACCUUGAUAAGAUGAAAGUUGGUGAAAGGACGGUUUGGAAAUCAAUUGAGGAUGACGAAUCCGAGUACAUGACUGGUCAUGUCGUUGAUGGUCGUAACUUAUAUCCUGCCACCGGCUAUCUAUUCUUGGUGUGGGAGACCCUUGGUAUGAUGAUGGGAGAACCCUUCACGGAAAUAUCAGUAGUCUUCGAAAACGUGCGCUUCCAGAGAGCUACUAACAUUCCUAAGGAAGGAAGCCUGGAGUUUACCAUCACAAUCCACAAAAAAAGUGGAAACUUUGAGAUCUCAGAAAGUGGCGUUCCUAUCGUGAUUGGUCGUAUCUAUGCCAAAAAGAACGUCAGUCAAGAUUUCAGGGUACUCCCGCACUCGCCAGAAGUUAAACGUGCUGCUUUCAAACAUUUGCUGACUAAAGAUUUCUACAAAGAACUGCGUCUUAGAGGAUAUCAAUACAGCGGCCUUUUCCGUGGCAUCCUCGGUUGCAACGUUGACUCUACCCGCGGUCGUAUCGCUUGGGUCAACAACUGGGUCACUUUCAUGGACUGCAUGAUGCAGAUGAUGAUCAUAGGCCAAGACACAAGAGGUCUCUGUGUACCCACUAGGAUUGAGAAACUUUCCAUCGAUGCUUCUAUGCACUGUAAUGCAAUAUCAAAAAUGAAUCCGGACUCGAAGAGAAAGUCCUUUGAGGUCCGUGUGUACCCAGAUGUCAACGUUGUCAGGGCUGGUGGCAUCGAAAUACGGGGUCUUCAUGCUACACCCAUUACCAAAAGACAACCUCUUGGCGUACCCGUACUUCAGAAAUACGAGUUUAUUCCCAAUUUCGGAAAAUCUAAGAUGAAGAUUGAAUGUAUUCUUCGUGCAAACGUCCAGCUGGUUCUGGAGAACAUUCAGACACACAAAGUCAAAAGUAUUGAGUUAGUCGACGAAGAAUACAAAAAUAACGAUCUGAAGCCUAUCUUAGAAAACGUUGGACACAUGCUAGGAGAUUUGCCCAUCAAGCAAGCUGAACUAUUGAUGAUUUCCGAAGAACCCAUUGAGGUACCUUCCAACAUUACCGCCGAAAAUAGGAAAUUAAUCGGAGAGAGUAACACAGUACUGUUCAUUGGUGCUAACCUCCUUGGCAGACCUAAAGUCCUUCAACAAGCAUUCAGCACCCUACGUGACAAGGCCUUCAUAAUAAGUCGUGAAAAAGAACUUCCUGACUUAAAGAAAUUCACUGAAAAAUACGACAUCGUCACUGUUUACAACACGGGCUUUGAACACUUGGUGCUCUUAAGAAACCGAAUAGGAGCAAGACCAGCCAAGUUCAUUAGAAUUUCAGCUGUUGAUGAUACUUUCUCGUGGGUAGAAAAAAUCAAGAAAGAACUCAACGGAAGCCAGAAAUUGGUACUUUACGCACAAGAUGAACAUAUCAACGGUCUCUUAGGAUUAGUGAACUGUUUGAGGGCGGAACCUGGCGGUGAGAUCGUGUAUGGUCUCCUUAUUUCUGACCCAUCAGCUCCUCCGUUCAAUCCUGACUUAGAGUUUUACGAAGAACAGCUGAAGAAAGACUUGGCUAUCAACGUAUACAAGGAUGGUCAAUGGGGCACUUAUCGACAUCUUCUCUUGGAGGAUUUGGAGACAGUUCCUGCUAACCAUGCCUAUGUGAAUGCCCUUACCAUCGGAGAUCUUUCUUCACUGAAAUGGGUUGAAGGAACCAUCAGGGAUAACCAUACGUUUAAGGACAAAGAAAAACUGCUAGUUUAUGUAUAUUGCGCCGCCUUAAACUUCCGUGACGUCAUGACAGCCAUUGGUCGUGUCACAGUAGAUGCUAUCGAUCGCGGUCGUCUCGCGCAGGAGUGCGUGAAAGGCAUUGAAAUUGUCGGCAAGACUGUUAAUGGUACUCGUGUCAUGGGUAUGGUCCGUAACCGAGGUAUAGCGAACUUGGUAGAGGGAGACCGGCAGAGCCUGUGCCCCAUUCCAGACGAGUGGACCUUCGAGGAAGCCGCAACUGUACCUGUAGCUUAUGGAACUGUGUAUUAUGCUAUGGUCAUGUUCGGUGAGAUGCAGCGCGGCGAGUCUAUCCUCAUCCACGCCGGUUCUGGAGGAGUAGGUCAGGCCGCCAUCAAUGUAGCGCUCCACUACGGCUGUGAAGUUUUCACCACCGUCGGUACCGCGGAGAAGAGAGCUUUCAUCAAGAAGCUGUUCCCACAACUUAAGGAUAGUCACAUCGGCAAUUCUCGUGACACUUCCUUCGAAGACAUGAUCAGACGCGAGACCAACGGCAAGGGUGUCGACAUGGUGCUCAACUCCUUGUCUGAUGACAAACUACAGGCAUCAGUCCGUUGCCUGGCGUUCAGAGGUCGCUUCCUUGAAAUCGGCAAGUUUGACAUCAGUAACAACACUGCCAUCGCUAUGUACUUCUCAUCAAAGGAAAUCACCUUCCACGGUGUCAUGUUGAACUACAUCUUCAAUCAGGACGCCAUCGUCAGGAAACGUUUGCAAGAUCUGCUUUUAAAUGGUGUUGAAGAUGGUGCCGUCAAACCUCUGACUUACUGCACGUUUAAGGCCAACGAAGUGGAAAAUGCCUUCCGUUACAUGGCUGCUGGCAAACACAUCGGAAAGGUAAUCGUUAAGAUCCGUGAGGAAGAGUGCAAUAAACAUCCCAUUAGACCAGUACCGACACCUAUUGAUGCUGUACCGAGGUACAUUUGUCAUGAAGACCAUGUGUAUGUAGUGGUCGGUGGCCUCGGAGGCUUCGGAUUGGAGCUGGCUGACUGGCUCAUCAUACGAGGCGCAAGGAAAGUUUUGCUCAACUCUCGCAGAGGUAUCAGCAACGGAUACCAGUCAUCUCGAUUGAGGGCUUGGGCAUCAUACGGUGCCGAGGUCCAGAUUUCAACACAUGACGUCACCACUGAGUCUGGAUGUGAGAAUAUGCUCAAGAUGGCGCUGAACAUGGGACCUGUACAUGCUAUUUUCAACUUGGCUGUCGUCUUAAAGGAUUCCAUCUUUGAAAACCAAACUCCUGAAAGCUUCAAAACAUCUUUCGCACCAAAGGGGCUCGCUACUAUGCACUUGGACAAAUUAUCGAGGAAGUUGUGUCCAGAUUUAAAGGAUUUUGUGGUCUUUUCAUCUGUAUCCUGUGGUCAUGGUAAUGCUGGCCAAGCCAACUACGGUUACUCCAACUCCGUGAUGGAAAGGAUCUGUGAAGAAAGGAAGAAAUUUGGCCUCCCAGCUCUAGCUGUGCAAUGGGGAGCUAUUGCAGAUGUAGGUUUGAUAGCCGACUUACAGGAGGAAGACAUUCAACUUGAGAUCGGAGGAACCCUGCAGCAGAGGAUAUCUUCCUGUCUGACUGCUCUCGACAAGUUCAUGAAGCAGGAUGCUCCCAUCGUGUCUUCUAUUGUGGUGGCUGAGAAGAAGGCUGGGGCCGAAGGAUGUACCAAUGCAGUAGAAGCAGUAGCACAAAUUUUGGGUAUUAAAGAUUUGAAGACGGUAUCGCAACAAAGUUCUCUGGCUGAGUUGGGUAUGGACAGCAUGAUGGCUUUGGAAAUCAAUCAAACACUGGAGAGAGAAUUUGAGAUUUUUCUUACGGCACAAGAUAUUAGAACCUUGACGUUUACGAGACUGGCAGAGUUAACAGCACAACAUGAAGCUUCAUCCUCUGCAUCAACAUCUAACUCCACUAACGUGCAAGGCGUUGGUCUUCGUGUGCUGAUGAGGAACUUUGGAGAUGAGAAAACAGCUUCAGAAGCUUACAUCUACAUGCCUUCCAUGAUUAGCGAUGGGCUGGAGGCGAGGCUAGAGGGCUUCGCAGCGACGCUGGAGCAGCUAUGUAAGAGAUUAGAGAUCAAGGUCUGCGUGCUGCAGCUCGGUGUGGAGCACAAGAAUGAGAACAUGGACCAGAUGGUCAAUAGGUUAUAUCAAACGAUGAUGUCAAAACUAGCGCCUGGUGCUCCAUUUUGGCUCCUCGGAUACAGUUAUGGUACUCUCCUCACUUUGGGGCUGGCUUCGAGGCUGGAGAAAGCUGGUCACAAUGGAAUUGUGUUCUGUCUGGACGGUGCCCCUGACUUCCUCUACGCUAUUAUUUCAAAGACCAUGAAUAUUAAGAAUGACUUCCAACUGCAGAACAGCUUGCUGUGCCACACUUUAAGCAUUCUUGCUCCUAACCUUGACGUUGCCAACGAGUUUUUGGACAAACUCAACGAGAUCAAGUCUUAUGAAGAAAGAAUUGCUUUGACAGUCGAAAUGUCUCCAAUACAGAACAAUUAUUCCAACAAAUUCUUCGCAAACAUUGCUCGAGCUUCAUUCGACAGGCUGAAGACCAUCCUUGACUUUGAUCCGAAGGCUUUCAGAAAGCUACAGUCUCAAAUCAUCCUCCUUCGUCCCAAAGAGAACCCGUCCUUCGUAGCUGUAGAAGUGAACUAUGGACUCGACAAGUACACAGAGAACAAUGUCACCGUACACUUCCUGGAGGGUAACCACGUCUCUAUCAUUGAGAACAAGGACUGUGCUGACAUCAUCAACAGAGUUUUGGCUGAGAAAAGUAAUGCAACCAAUAAGUAA